CGGCCAAUCCGCUUCAAAAAAACAUACUGGAUUCAAGAGGGAGAGAGAGAUGGCUUCUUGGGCUCUGAUUCCUCAUACAUGCUCGAUCUUUAACCAUGCAAGCGAAUCAAAAUUCCAAACCUGCUCGAUGUUUAAUCAGCGCAGAAGCAGAGCUUCAACACCUACAUCCCAUAUCUCCAAAGUUUCGAUUUUUACAAAAAGACCCUCCCCCAAAACCUCCAUUUCUGCAAUCCCCCUUACAAAAGAACACACGAAAGAAGAAGAAGAGAAAGACCCAAAUUACCAAAACACCCCCCGGUCCGUCUCAGGCUUUGAUUUUAAGAGCUACAUGCUCCAGAAGGGCAAUUCUGUAAAUAAGGCCCUGGACAUGGCAGUACCGGCGCAGGCGCCGGAGAUUAUCUAUAAUUCGAUGCGGUAUUCGCUCCUCGCGGGCGGGAAGCGCAUCCGUCCGCUGCUCUGCAUUGCUGCGUGCGAGCUUGUCGGCGGCGAUGAGGCGGUGGCAAUGCCCUCGGCCUGUGCCGCUGAGAUGAUCCACACCAUGUCAUUGAUGCAUGAUGAUCUUCCAUACAUGGACGAUGAUGAUCUGCGGCGCGGGAAGCCCACCAAUCACAAGGUGUUUGGUGAGGAUGUCGCCGUCCUGGCGGGCGACGCCAUGCUGGUUUUCGCCUUCGAGCACAUUGCAGCAUCCACGCUGGGCAUCCCAUCCGAUCGAAUUGUCCGAGCAGUCGGGGAGCUGGCCAGGACUAUUGGGGGGGACGGACUGGCAGCAGGGCAGAUCGUCGAUAUCAGCUCGGAAGGAAUGCAGGAUGUUGGUUUGGACCAUCUUGAACUCAUCCACUUGCACAAGACAGGGGCGCUGCUGGAAGGGUCGGUCGUGAUGGGGGGCAUCUUGGGAGGUGGGUCCCAUGAAGAGAUUGAGAAAUUGAGGAAAUAUGCGAAGUGUAUCGGGUUGCUAUUUCAGGUGGUGGAUGACAUUCUUGAUGUCACGAAGUCAUCAGAUGAAUUGGGGAAGACAGCAGGGAAGGAUCUUACAGCUGAUAAAGUCACUUAUCCGAAGCUUCUAGGCCUUGAGCGAUCGAAGGAGCUUGCAGAAGAGCUGAAUCAACAAGCAAAGGAUCAGCUGCUGGGAUUCGAUUCGGAGAAGGCGGCACCGUUGAUCUCGCUGGCGGAUUAUAUUGCUUACAGACAGAAUUAGAACUGUUGAUUGGGUGUUUGUUUUGGCAGAAGAGUAAAAGAUUGCCACUGAGUUUCUGUAAAUGUAUGUGAUGUGGAAAGAUUACAGUGUUAUAUUUACAUGAUUGAAUUGGAAUGAAAGGCGGGUUUAUUUACA